GUACAGCAUCGGAGACCGCUCGCCUGGGCGAGUUGGUGGCCAUGCUGCAAGGCAUGGGCGACACGGACGGAGCAGCCAAGUAUCAUAAACUUUUGGACUCCAAGCGCUCGGAGCAGAAGGCUACCGCGGCGAUCCCGAUCGAUGACAUCCUGCAGGGCAAGGAGCUCCCCAUCAACAUGGACUCGUUGCUGGCGCCUGAUGCCGGGUACGACCUGUCGCCAGAGGACAAGGCUGAGGCGGAGGCACGUUUCAAGACCAUGCAGCAGGCCAUCACGCAGAACGUCCAGCAGCUGUUCGGAGCCGCCGCCGAGCAGGCCGCCAAGUUCCGCGAGGAGCAGAAGAAACAGCUGGCUCGCCUGGCUGGCAAGCGGAG